CGCUGGCGCCUGCCAGGCUUCCCCGGACGCACAGGGCAGGUGCUGGUCGUGCGCAUGCUCGAUAGGCGGGGUUGCUGGAGUCUCCAGGCGUUGCUAUCUGUUGCGCUGCCGCCCUUGGGAGCCGGCAGAUCCGGGUCUCGUGGCUAAGAGUGACGUGGUCACUCGAAUCAAAACAGAGGAGGGGGAGGAAGCUGGCGGCCAGGAGCGGCAGCGGCAGCGGCAGCGACGUCCGGAGCAGCCGCAGCCUUCCGGAAGCUCCAGGCGGUCUUUCUGCCGAGCCUCGGUCCCGGCCCCCAUCCUCCCCGCCCCAUCGGUUGUUGUCUGGGCGGAUUUAAACAGUCAAGUAAAAUCAAGCUGGGUAAUCAUGGCAGAAGGUGGAUUCGAUCCCUGUGAAUGUGUUUGCUCUCAUGAACAUGCGAUGAGAAGACUGAUCAACCUGUUACGGCAGUCCCAGUCCUACUGCACAGACACAGAAUGUCUUCAGGAAUGUAAGUACCACUGGGACAGGAAGAGGGAUGACUUUGGGGGUGGAAUUAGAGGCCAGAUGCCUGUGAAUAUUUUUCAAAAAUUAUUCUUAACGUUGCCUGUUCUGGUGGUUACAACAACAAAAAAGAAUAACAAAUACACACAAAAGAAAGAAAUUAUUCUCAUAGUUUGCUCUUUAAUAAGGAAAUGGUUCUCAGUAUGUAUUUGCUACUUGCCUAUUUUAUUUUUUAAGUUAAAUUUUUUCAUGCCUCAAAAACCCUGUUUAUUGCAGAAAGUUAUAAAAUAAGAAAAAAAUAAAACG